UCUCUCUCUCUCUCCUCUCUGUGUGUGAUAUCGUAUUGUAAAGUGGGGGAGCAAACAACAUCAAAUUCCAUAGAUCUCGUCGUUCUUUUCAUACGUUUCGCACCUCCAUCUUUCAUAAGCUUCUUUGUCUCCUGUAUUUCCUCCUUACGCUUCUCUUUCACUGUCCAAGUGCCAACUCCUUUUAGCAAUCAAUCAACUAAUUGGGUCAAAAAUUAGCUACCAUAUCACUAAUUCUUUUUGUUGGAUGGUCUUCUUCUCCAUCACUUCAUGGAUGCAAGAAGGUUCCCAAAGGAGUUUAUGAGCCAUGAAACAACAUACCCACAAGAAAAAUCUCCUAGUUUUGUGUUAUUAAGAUACAAUCUGUGAUUAUUGUUUUUUUUUAUCAAUGGAGGAAGGCAAAGAGCCUGCUACUACAGUUGUAAGUAGGCCAAGCCAGUCUAGGGCUUUGCCACAAAGGCUUAUACAGUUACUUGCCUUGUUUCUAGUUUUCUGUUUUGCCAUUUCUUUGUUUAGUAUAUAUAUGAUCCGUAAAACCGGAGUUGUUACUACAGUAACUUCAGCAAUUCCCAUUUUACAACCAUGUAUCCUAGAACAGCCAAAGAACAAUCUUGAUCAUUGGAUCACGCCUCCUUCGAAUCUGAUGCAUACGAUGAGUGAUAAAGAGCUAUUCUGGAGAGCUUCUUUUGUGCCACAAUUGAAGAAGUAUCCGUUUGCAAGAGUUCCAAAGAUUGCCUUUAUGUUCUUGACUAAAGGGCCGUUGCCGUUGGCUCCCUUGUGGGAGAGGUUCUUUAAUGGACACAAGCUCCUUUAUUCCAUAUAUAUUCAUUCACUUCCAUCUUAUGAACCCCGAUUUCCAUACACAUCUGUUUUUUACGGGAGACAGAUACCAAGUCAGAUAGCCGAAUGGGGGAGAAUGAGCAUGUGUGACGCCGAGAGGAGGCUCCUGGCGAAUGCCCUUCUCGAUAUCUCCAACGAAUACUUUGUUCUUGUCUCAGAAUCAUGCAUUCCCAUCUACAACUUCACUGUAACAUAUCGUUACAUAACGAGAUCCAAAUACAGUUUUAUGGGAGCGUUUGAUGAUCCAGGGCCAUUCGGUAGGGGUCGAUAUAACCCCAACAUGUUGCCAGAAGUCAACAUCUCCCAAUGGAGAAAAGGGUCCCAAUGGUUUGAAGUUAACCGAAAGCUUGCAUCCAUCAUCAUAUCAGACGUGACCUUUUACCCAAAAUUCCAGGAGUUUUGCAGGCCGGCUUGUUACGUGGAUGAACAUUAUUUCCCAACUCUAUUGGCGAUUCGGGCACCAAAUCUGAUAGCGAACCGGAGUUUGACUUGGGUUGACUGGUCGAGGGGUGGCGCUCACCCUGCAACAUUUGGAGCGACAGAUGUUACGGAGGAAUUCAUGAAGAAACUUCAUGAAGGUCGGGAAUGUGUCUAUAAUGAUAAGCCGUCAUCAGUAUGUUAUCUGUUUGCCAGAAAAUUCGCUCCGAGUACCUUACAGCGGCUGCAGCUUCUCGCACCAAAAUUUUUGGGGUAUUGAUUGGAUCCGAAUUCGCAAGUUUGAAGACAAUUUUCUAAGAUAUACAGAUUAUGAUAUGACCAGGUUACAUUUUUUAGUUUGAAGCAGGUUUUUUUGAUCU